CAUUUCUGACAACCUGUACCGAGGCACACUGGUAGUCAUCAGUAGCUACAGUGUAGUUACGUGUUCAGACUCAGUCGCUUUGCUCAGCUGACCUGCAUUCUGCUAAAAGGACCGAAGAAAUGGGCCGAAAAGUGACUGUAGCGACCUGCUCGUUGAAUCAGUGGACGUUGGACUUUGAGGGCAACUCAGAGAGGAUACUGAGGAGUAUUGAAAUUGCUAAGGCUCAUGGAGCGAAAUACAGACUGGGUCCAGAGCUGGAGAUAUGUGGGUACGGCUGUGGAGACCACUUCUUUGAGUCAGACACGUUGCUCCACAGCUUUCAGGUCCUCAGGAAUCUUUUGGAAUCUCCCAUCACCCAGGACAUCAUCUGUGAUGUUGGAAUGCCCAUCAUGCAUCACAAUGUGCGCUAUAAUUGUCGGGUGCUGUUUCUCAACAGAAAGAUACUGCUGAUCAGGCCUAAGAUGAUGAUGGCUAAUUAUGGGAACUACAGAGAGAUGCGCUGGUUCUCACCUUGGAACCAGUUAAGGCAGGUGGAGGAGUAUUUUCUGCCCAGAAUGAUUCAGGAGAUAACAGGCCAGGAUACUGUUCCAUUCGGUUACUGUGUGCUUUCCACAAAGGACACUUGCAUCGGCAGUGAGAUAUGCGCAGAGCUCUGGAACCCCAGCAGCCCCCAUAUUCAGAUGGGUCUGGAUGGUGUUGAAAUUUUUACCAAUUCAUCUGCGAGCCACCAUGAGCUCCGUAAAGCUGACCAAAGAAUCAACCUGAUCAAGUCAGCCACCACCAAGAGUGGAGGCAUCUAUCUGUAUGCCAACCUAAGGGGCUGUGAUGGAGAGCGUGUCUACUACGAUGGUUGUUCAAUGGUGGCUAUCAAUGGAGACAUUGUGGCAAAGGGAGCACAGUUCUCCCUCGAUGAUGUUGAGGUGAUUACAGCCACUCUGGAUCUUGAGGAUGUGCGUAGCUACAGAGGAGAAGUAUACCAGCCACAUGUGCCAAGUGAACCCAGACUUUGCCACAGAAUCAAAGUUGACUUCUCUUUAUCCAAUGGUGAUGACAUCUACCUCCCUACCCACCAACCAAUAAAAUUGCAUUUUCAUACACCAGAGGAAGAGAUCAGUCUAGGACCAGCCUGCUGGCUGUGGGACUACUUACGGAGAAGUGGACAGGCUGGUUUCCUGCUGCCUCUGAGUGGAGGUGUUGACAGUUCCUCCACCGCCUGUAUUGUCCAUUCUAUGUGUGUGCUGAUCUGUCAGGCUGUAGAGGACGGCAACAGCCGGGUCCUCGAGGAUGUUCGCAGGGUGGUUGGGGAUGAUUCCUACCUUCCACAACAACCAAGGGAGCUUUGUGGUCGCAUCUUUACCACCUGCUAUAUGGCCAGUGAAAAUUCCUCAGAGGACACAAGCAACAGGGCCAAAGACUUGGCCAAUCAGAUUGGCAGCACACACAUGAAUAUCAACAUAGACAUGGCAGUGAAAGCCAUUCUGGGUAUCUUCUCAGUGGUUACUGGGCGGUGGCCUCAGUUUCGUGUCAACGGUGGAAGCCACAGAGAAAACCUGGCUCUGCAGAAUGUGCAGGCUCGGGUCAGGAUGGUCCUGGCCUAUCUGUUUGCCCAGCUGAGUCUGUGGGCCCGGGGUAAGCCUGGUGGAUUGUUAGUACUGGGCUCCAGCAACGUAGAUGAAAGCCUGACAGGGUAUUUCACCAAAUAUGACUGCUCAAGUGCGGACAUCAACCCAAUAGGAGGCAUCAGCAAGAUGGAUCUGAAGAGCUUCUUGCUUUACUGUGCUGAGAAGUUCCAACUCACCGCUCUGAGACACAUCCUGGCAGCACCACCCACAGCUGAACUGGAGCCACUGACAGAUGGACAGGUGUCACAGACUGACGAGGCGGACAUGGGGAUGACCUACUCUGAGUUAUCUGUGAUUGGACGACUGAGGAAGACCUCGAAGUGUGGUCCCUUCAGUAUGUUCUGUAAACUCAUUCAUAUGUGGAAGGAUGCUCUCUCACCCACAGAGGUGGCCCAGAAGGUGAAACACUUUUUCAGGAUGUACUCGGUCAACCGCCACAAGAUGACCACGGUGACGCCAUCCUAUCAUGCCGACAGCUAUAGCCCUGAUGACAACCGCUUUGACAUCCGGCCUUUCCUCUAUAACACACGCUGGACCUGGCAGUUCAGGUGCAUUGACAAACAGGUGUCCGAGAUGGCAGCAGACACCCCAAAGCAAUAACGUCUUCAUUGUGCAGUGCAAAUGCUUUACAACUAGGGCAGAUCAGAAGAAAUUGUUCUUUGAUUUUUUGGGGGCUUUGGGAAUUUCUACCUUGUAAUAAAAGCCAAGCACUACCUACAUGUUUUUGUGCUUAAUUGUCAGGGGAAAAAAUGCCAUGAAGCACAUGAUAUUUCUUCGUGUGUCGUCUGUCCUUAUGUGAAUGUAGUAAUACAGUCAUUUGUGGCAAAACUUGUACUGGCUAUUGCACCUCUCAGAGUUGCACAUAAUAAAAUAGAAGAACUAAAGCCACUG